AUGGCGGCGUACGCAGCUCUACUUUCUCUCAGGCAUAUCAUCGAACAGCUUCAGCAUCACCCUUCCCCUCCAAUUUUUAUUCACCAAAACCAGGUGGAAUCUCUCACCGACAACCUCAAUUUCUUGCAAGAGUUUCUUGAGCAGGGAUAUCCUUGUGUUGGCAUCAGCAAAGGAGCAAUUGAUGUUUUUGAAAGUCGAAUUGCAGAUGCAGCUCAUGCAGCCGAAGAUAUAAUCGAAACCCGUGUUGUUGAUCAAAUUCUUACUGAAUCGACGGCUCAAGCGUCGAAAGAUAUAAACGAAACCUGGGUUGGUGAUCAAAUCCUUGGUGGAUCAAGAAAAACGAAGAAUACUAGAAUGCAAGAUCGUCUGCGCAGGAUUUUGUCCACUUUUUGUGGUGCUGGUUCAUCAAGAUCUCCUUCAACGAGGCAGAAUGUCGUAGCUGGUUUAGAUCUCGAUAAGGUGAUCCAAGACAUGGGUUUAAUCAAGAAAGAUGUGAUGGAGAUUAAAGAUAAUAAUAUUGGAAUAAUCGAAGAUCACCUGCACAAAAAUUCUUCAACUCUUGCUGGUGCUGCUUCAUCAAGGUCUCAUUUAACAACGAAGCAUGAAACCAUGGUUGGUUUUGAUGAGCUCUUAAUUGAAGUAAUGGAUAAGCUCAUUGGACAACACUCUAAUCUCUGCAUAAUCCCGAUUGUUGGAAUGGGCGGCAUUGGUAAGACUACUCUUGCUAGAAAUGCCUACGUUAAGUUUAUAAAGCACUUUGAUAUUCGAGCUUGGGUUACAGUAUCUCAAAAUUACAAUGUGCGAGAAAUUCUUAUAGAAAUUCUUCUUUGUAUAAACAAAGCUGAGAAACGAGAAACCUUGAGUGCGAAGAAUGAGGGUGAAUUAGGUGUAAAAGUACACCAAAGUUUAUGGGGAAGGAGAUAUUUGAUUGUAAUGGAUGAUAUUUGGAGUGUUGAGGUAUGGGAUAAAAUGAAUCUCUUUUUUCCGGACAAUGUUGGUCAAAGAAGCAGAAUAAUGAUAACCACUAGGCUAUCAGACGUUGCUUCGAUUGGCUCUCAUGGCGUUGUGAUGGAUUUCUUAAAUGAAGACAAGAGUUGGGAUCUACUGUGCAAAUCUAUAUUAGAAAAAGAAGAAGACUGCCCUCCUGAAUUGGAGGAAAUAGGAAAGAAGAUUGCCAAAAAUUGCAAAGGACUUCCUUUGUCAAUAGUUGUGAUUGGAGGACACCUAGCGAAGUCUAAGCGCACAAGAGAACAUUGGGAAUAUAUUUCAGAAAACAUAAAAAAAAUUGUAAAUUCAGAAGACGAUGGACGUUGCUUAAAAGUAUUACAAUUGAGUUAUAACCAUUUGCCGGUACAUCUAAAGCCGUGUUUUCUUUAUAUGGGAGUUUUUGUGGAGGAUAACAUGAUCCGUGUCUCGUGUCUCGUAAAACUAUGGGUUUCUGAAGGAUUUGUGAAACCAAUUAAGGGCAAAAGCUUGGAAGUGGUUUCGAGAGAGUACUUGCAGGAGCUCUGUGAUAGAAACUUGAUUUUAGUUCAUAAAAGGGGGUCUUAUGGAAAUAUCAAGUUUUGCAGCAUCCAUGAUCUCUUGAGGGAACUAUGCUUGAGAGAAGUUCUUUUAUGUCAGAAGACCGCAUGA